AUGCACUUCAUCAUACCGACAACAAAAUCUGUUGUUCAGAUCCCCUCUACACUGGUGGCCUUCGACAGCAACCACCAGAAAAUGUCGUCAAAUCACCAGUUGUGGACUUUUUGUCUUUUGUGCAUCCUGAUAACCGCUCCAGCAUCGCGACACUCAGAGCUCGCCGACGACAAAUUCGCGAAGCAGAGCUCGAUCUUUGUGAUUAGAAUGUGGGAAUCAUGGACCAAGUACGUUGUAUCUAUUUACAGACUUUGGAGCUCGGCGACGAUCUUAGAGACUGUAUGGCGAGCAACAGUUACGUUGCAUUGCACCGAUCGGCUCACACUCCAUUCAAUGAAGGAGUAUCAAGCCAGCUCAAGCUGCAUAAGCGAUGCUUUGCUCAUCACACAACACCAUGGCUCCCGUGAGUGA